GUGCGGAGCACGUCUUGCUAGCGCCGACUGUGCUGAAGAACCCGUUUUUCGGCUACGACUAUGCGGAUGACGCAAGUGGUGGUGUCUACACCGCACGCAAGCGGGUCGAGGUCGGAAAAAUCGAGAACCCGGUUAGCUCCUCCGGCAAAGUAAGCCUGACAGUGAAUUUGAACGCGGGACUGCUGCGGGGCAGUAAUCUCGUACAAGGCCAGAACGUCAUGCAGCACGUUGCUGCGUGGGCGCAAGGGGGCAUUGAUGGGCAAAUCGUCCAAAGAUCAGACUUCGGCUUUAACGCGGUGGACGAACGUUGUGAAUCCGAGCUUGAAAUGCGCUUUGCAUUAGCGGGUGAAAUAGGUG